AUGAUUUUUGAAGUUCAAGUGGGUUUUGCAGAUGAAAUUCACAAAUUUAAACUUUAUAAAGAAUAUUUUAGUAUUUCAAAUAUAAAGUUGGUGUAUUUUAAAGAAAUAUCAUCAUUACAUACAAAAGACAAUAAUCUCUUAAGAAUUAAGCUAGUUAACAAUGAAAACAUUAUAAUUAAUUUUCCCAAGGUAAAUUUAAGAGAUGCAGUUAAGACUAUCUUGUUAGUUUUGGGCAAAGAAUCAGCCUCAGCUAAAAAAAGAAUGACUGAGUUAUAUAAAACUGAUUUUAUAAAAACAACAAACAUUAAAAGAAAUGAUAAUAUAUCAAUGGAUAACUUUAUACCAGGUAAUUAUACGUUUGAUAAUGAUGAUACUAUUACAUCGUUUUAUUCGUUUGUUUUAAUGAUGAUUAAUAGCUCAACCUUAUGUAAAAUAUUUUUAGAUAUGGAAUGUUCUAUUAAUCAUUUUUAUAAACUAUAUGUUGAAUCUUAUUAUUUUGAUAUCAAUAACAAACAAAACAUACUUGAUACCAAAAUAAAUGAUAAUUAUGAACAAAAGUUAAACUUUGCCAAUAGAAUUAAUCUUUAUUCCAAUUUAAAUGUUAACGAGUCAAUUGAAGACAUCAAAGUUAAUGAAGAAAGUUUAAAGGAAAUUGAUUUUACAAUUGUAAAUGACAUGCAUUUAGGAAAGAUAACUACUAAAAAUGUUGUAUUAGAAGACUUUGAUGUAAAAGGGUAUUUAAAUAGUUUUAAAUUACAUAAAACUGAUUUAAAUAGACUUAAACUUGAUAAUAAUAUAAUUGAAAAUGUAAAAGAAAUCAAAGUAGAUCAAGAAGAUUUUGAAACAGCGAGAGAAUUUUGUAAAUUAGUUUAUAUAAAUCCUGAAAAUAAAGAAUUAAUACAGGAAGCAAAGGAAUUUAGUGAAAAUUUUAGAAAAGUUAUGUGUGAAAAAUACGGAAAUGAUAUUUUAAAAGUAAUAGAAAGAAAUAUACCUGAUUUUUAUAUAAAAGAGUAA